CUACACCUCUUCGCUUCCAACUAUGUACGGAGAGGCCCUACCACUGUGUCCAGGCGAGCCCUUGUCGCCUUUCUCACCCUUGUCACCUUUAUCGCCCUUCUCACCCUUGUCGCCUUUCUCCCCUCGAUCACCCUUCUCGCCUUUGUCGCCUUUAUCGCCUCUGUCGCCUUGUGGUCCUUUCUCUCCAGCAGGGCGAAUGAGGUCUAAUAAUGAACUCGCUAUGAGCCCCAUGGAUGCACCAGCCACGCCACCCAGCCAAAGCAUUGCAACCUUGUCUUGUCGCGUGACGUCGCGAUCGAUGAUGGAAAUCAACACAUCCGAAGCGCCUUGCAGUGUGAUCCGCAAGAGCGAUAUCACGUCUUGUGCAUCCUCGAAGAUGCCCAGGGCCUGCUCCCUUUCGAAUACCGCACUGGCGUCUGGGACUGUGAAGUCGACUUUCUCGCUGGUUGCCAGUGCAUAAUGGACUUCUUUAAAUCGUCCAGGGGGCAAUGCUUCAUCGAACGAGAAGUUCGAUUGGACGAUCGUCAU